UUGGUAUCACUGAAUUGUCUAGCAACCCUGGAUUUUAUUGUUUGUUUCUUUGAGAGAAAAUGGCAGAUUCGCUAGCAAAAUAUGGACUUUAUAUUGAUGAUUUAAGUAAAAUACGAGUUUUAGAUCCAGAAGUUGUUAAUCAAGCGGUAAAAUUAAAGGACGAAAGUCAAACUUUCGUCACCAAAAUUACGGAAUUUAAGAAAGGCACGGAUGAAUUUAUAAAGAUUUUGGAUAAUGUGGGACAACGGGUUGAUAAAGAAAAAAUGAAAGUAAUUGGUGCACGAAAUUUACUUCGUUCAGUUGCCAAAGAACGAGAGGAACGAAAACAACAAAUGCAGGCAUUAAUUAUGGAAAAGUCAAUAGAAUUGGAGAGACUUCGAGUUCAAUACGAUUCGUUGAAAAAAAUCGAAAUGGAACAAUUAGAAAUAAUUGAACAUCUUACUGUAAAUUAAAAAUAUUCAAUAUUAAAAAUAAAUAAAAAACUUAAAAUGU